AUGACGUACAUCCGCUCGUUUGCCCUUCUUGCUGGACUGGCUCUAUCUUCGACGGAUGCCCAAGGGCUACUACCAGAGCCUGACGCGAUGGUGGGUAGCUACAGCGCGUCACGAGCUAUGACCCUGAACGAGGUCGCGUUCCUGACGACGACUGCAUGCCAUCCAAGCCUGUACAAUGCGGACGUGACCAUCCGCAUCUGCUUUACAGAAUUUGGAAAGGUGGCGACGCAGGACAUGCUUGGUACGAACUACAGGUACGAAGUGAAGGGCUGCUGUGUGGACGGGAACGAACUCUUGGGCUUCUGCCGCCCUGGCGUUUGCCACACGCCCUCGGACUACGAAGUCACCAUCUACAACCAGGAGUCGCCGGCGAUGGUGAAUGUGUCGUCUAUCAAGGAGAUACAGCCUAAAAGCCAGUAA